AUGGCUUCCUCAAGUUCAGCAAUCACAUCUUUGAAUGUUGUACCACAAGACUUAUCCAAACUGGAUCGUUUUGAUGGUAACAACUACAAUAGAUGGAAGGAGAAGAUGGAAUUUAUUUUGACCACAUUGAAGGUUAAAUAUGUUCUAGAGAACCCAUGUCCUAUAGUUCCUACAGAAAACCCCACAGAAGAGCAACUUGCAGUUAAAAGGAAAUGGGAUGAGGAUAAUUUCUUCUACCGUGGUAAUAUCCUCAAUUCCCUCACUGAUUCCUUGUUUGAUAUGUAUGCACCAAUGAAGUCUGCCAAGGAGAUAUGGGAGGUGUUGGAGACUAAGUACAAAACAGAGGAUUCUGGCAACAAAAGCUACCUUGUAAGUAGUUAUUUUGAUUUCAAAAUGUUUGACAAUAUGCCUAUACUAAACCAAGUUCAUGACUUACAACUUAUUGUUCAACAAAUGAAAUCUGAGGGCAUCCCUGUUGAUGAAAAACUCCAAGUGGGUGCAAUUAUUGCCAAGUUACCACCAAGUUGGAAAGACUACUGCUAG